AUGUCGCCUUUUCUCGCUUUGGUGUUGGUGGCGUUCGUUCGCAAUGGAGCAGCUUAUGACGAGUACCAGGACUUAGAGGAUGAUCAAAGUAUUGAUGCUGAUUUCGACGAUCAGUACGAGUCGGAAGGUGAAGAUAUUAUUAUGACAAUGACACGAACCACGUCGGCGGAUCCCGAUACACGUUUCAGAAUUAAGAGAUUUGGAGACCACAGUUCAGGGGCACGGACAUUGAGUCAAGAUGAGAUCCGAGAUGUGAAAGGUGCACUCAAAGAGCUUCUAGCUGGUCAUCAAUUAGACCGUCUAACAGCGUACACCACAGAAAUCACCACCAACGAUGUUUUUUCUAUAAACGAAGAUUCUACAAAAGACUUCACAUUCACUAGCAUUACACAGAAAAUAGAAUUUCUAGACGCUACCGAGUUCUAUAAUGACGUAAUAGAAGAAAUAAUCGACAAUGCGAAGAGACAAGGACUUUUACGAACUGUUACGUUAAAUGAUAGAAAAACUGGAACAAGUACUAUAUUUAAAAGAGAAACAUCUGAGACAGAGUAUACGCAGUUAACGUACAGUAUUGUCAAGAAGCCUGAAAGAACGCCAGAGAUUUCAUUUGUCCCCGAAAAAGGAAGAGAUUUCCCAAAAGCAAGUCAAGCUAUCUUUCAAGGUUGGCCACAAACGACUGAAGAUAAAUUCGAAGUAACGGAAGAUAUUCCCAACAUGGAUAAAAAAUACCCUGACAUUUUUCGAGAUUUCACCGGAAUGCACCAAGAAAUACCUGAAUGGAUUAAAAAUUUCCCUCGAGAAGGUCAAAUUGUACUAAACAGAAGUAGAGGAACUUUCAGUGACGAUGACAAAAUUGAAGAUGUGACUGGUGAUGAUAACAUGUCAAUAAAAAAAAUUACAAUAAUUUUUAACGAUGAAAUGACGGAAAGUGACGAGGAAAAUAAUGGUAAUAAACAACCAAUGUAUAGCAGAAAAUUUGGUUUUACAAGAGAAGGUAAGAAUGAAAGUGAGGAUGCGGUUACGAGUGCGAGUAACAUUGAGGUGGCGAGUGCGAGUGCGAGUGUCGUUGAGGUGACGAGUGCGAGUGCGAGUGACGUUGAGGUUACGAGUGUUAGUGACAUAGAGGUUACGAACAAGGGUGCAGUUGAGGUUACGAGUGUGAGUAAUGCUGAAGUUGCUGUUGAGGUUACGAGUGCGAGUGACGGUGAGGUUACGAAUAAGGGUGCGGUUGAGGUUACUAGUGUGAGUGACGGUGAGGUUGCGGUAGAGUUUACGAGUUUGAGUGGCAGUGGGGUUACGAAUGAGGGUGCGGUUGAGGUUAUGAGUGCGAGUGAAGGUGCGGCUACGGAUAAUGUUGCGGUUGGAAUUACGAGUGCGAGUGACGUUGAAGUUACGACAGCGAAUGAGGGUGAACGUCAAGGUGAUGAUGAUGACGAUGACGAAGAGCAAAAUAUGUUCAAACGAACUACUACAUCUACAACUACAACCACAAUGAGAACAUUGAAGAUGGCUGAUCCACAUUACUACCCUUACCCUUACUCAUCAAUGUUGUAUCCGGAAACCACAACAAAACCGAAUACCACCACUACAUUAUGGAGGACAAGAAGACGAAAAACAACAACUCCUACAAUAACAACUUCUCAAAUACCACAAAUCGACAUUCCUCGUUUGGUUGAAAUUAUUGCAAACCUUACCAAUGAUUUCGAAUCUAACAUAACGGAUAUGUUCAAUAAGACCUUACAGAAAUACAAUAUACCGACUUGCCCUUCUAAUGAAAUAACGGAGCCACCGAUAUAUUAUGAACUAGCCAAUGCAACUGUUGUUGCGAAGUGCUUCGUAUGUGGAUUGAAUGAGCCGCAGAUACCUAUCGACUCAUUCUGUUCGGACGCAUUCGCCAUCGAUUUCAUACCACUUGUUCCGCUGAACCCCCAAUCAAGGGGACGUAUUGCGCGCUAUAGAAGAUACUGCCGCUACUUAGAUGUUGACAAUUUCUAUGAGAACGCGACGGAGCCUCGCUCGGUGUUUGGACGCUUUACCGGUGGUUGCUCAGUGCGUUGGAUCGACAUAAGCAGUGUAUACACACAGCGCGCUUGUCGUAACCGACGUCACGCCGUUAUCGGCAGACAUUUCGGGAGUAAACGCAUGGCCAAACUCGAAAUGGCGCUGCAUGUGAGUAGUACAUUAGCAGUUUCUAGGGGUCUACUACUUCACAUGAAGUUCUUUUACCAUUUUAAGUAA